AUGGAGUCCCUUCAGAUAGAUCCCGGAAACCCAGACGCAUGGAAUAUGAUCGGAAGGUGGUUCUUUCAACAGCACAAGCGCGUCGCGUGCAAACUGUCUGAGCAAGCACAGACAGUUCCUGCAGAGCGGGAUCGCCUGCAGCAGAUGAAACUCAGAUAUGCUUUUCUUGCAGGAGAAUGGUGCACCCGCGGCAUUGACGCAGGUGAAGCGCGCAAUCCGAUGUGGUCUCCCACGAGUGGUC